AUGUCUUCGUCGAAUUCGAUCGACAAGAUAAUGGGAAGCAGCUUCUGCACUCUGAAGAGGAAAAAUAUGGCCGCUGUUACAACGACGCUGGUUUGCGUGAAGCAAGUGAAGCAAGAGGCGUCGGAAGAGUGGGACGAGAGCAUGCCAUUGCCCGGGGACAUCAUUGAAGGGGUUUAUUAUUCCGAGAGCCGUGACAAUAUUGGUGACGAGCUUUUCGUGCCUACGAAAGCCAAGGCAGAGCUGACGUCGCUGCUCGCUAAGUUUAGCAAUGUGGAGGUCAUUUGGGUGAAGGUGAGGAGGGGUGAUAGCACUCUCAAGCUCCGGACGGGCAUCGUGGCUGAGAGGCUUUCGAUGCUUCACAAAAAGUAUACGAUCAAAGCGGCUACGGAUGAUAGACAUGUUGCAGUUUUGGGGGACUUGACCUCGGAUCAAUGCACUGAGCUGCAAGAAAUGAGCAGGAGUUUGGUGAACGUGGAAUACAGGGGAUACAACAAAAAGGGAGUUAAAUAUGACUGGAAGAUGAAAGUCGACAGCCACUUGCCCGACCAACGGUGCACGAUCAUUAGCUCCAUUCUGUUCAUGCCGCUGCCAGGCGAGUACUGCACGGAGGCCACAACUGCCCGGUGCAUGGCUUGGUUUUCUGCUGCAAUUGCUUCUGGAGCCCCGCUUAUUUUUGUUAACAUCCAAACCGAACAGAUUGUGUCGUCGGAUAAAAAUAAUUUACUAGGAAAGGAAAUCAAUUGGAACAAGCAACAACAAAACCAUACAACGACGGUCCAAAUUGCGCAGGGCAUAAGGCUUUGGUUUAUGCCCGGAGUUGCAGAACUGUUGAUCGAAUUGAUACCUGAACCUGGCGAAGCACGGUUUGGAUUGGACAUCAAACGAACCGAAGAGGGAUUGAUUUGCAUACACUCGGUAGCAAAAGGUUCGCCCGCGGAUCGAUCAGGGCUUAGAAGCCUUCAUGAGGAAGCAUAUGCAAGUGGUUACCAGCUUGUCAUAUCCAGGUUAGAAGGCAAGAGCUUGAUGCCUUCAUAUGUCAGCUCCGCCGGGCUCAUACAUUGCUGUGAUCACACCGAAAUUAAAGAGACUCUUCACUCGGCGAUCGAUCAGAUGGACAGAGUUCAGUUCCACCUAAUGGCCUGGUCUAACCAUUUGCUUCGAGUUGCUCCGAAAUCUAUUGGUGUUGCUACGCUCCGGCCGCCGAGCGGAUGCUGUCCCCCAAGAACAAUGUGA